ACAAAAACAAAAACAAGAGAUGACAGCUCCACAAAGCUAAGUGAGAAGUGAGCAACCAGAUCUCCAUAUGGGAGUGCAUCUCCUGGAGUAAGUGCAGAAGCAUGGGUUCCUUCCAUCUCAUCACACGGUGUGUAGCACUGAUGUGGCGCCAGGACCUUCCCAGUGCUGAAGAUUCUCCUGUUUGCGGUGGGAAGGCAGGAACCUGUCUAACGUUUGUGUCUAGCCUGAGUUGACUAGUGGCUGGAAUGAACUCCAUGCACUCUUUGCAGUCUGAGGAUCCAGCACUGGACACGAAUAACUAUCAGGAUUAUUCCCCAAGAAACUCCAGAACUCAAGUUUAACUCAUACUUCCUCCUGUGCCCUCAGCCCCCUUACCAUUGUGUGUGUUAUUACUUAAGCAAGCAGAAAGGGUAUUUGCACACUUACCCCAUUAACCUGCAGUUACAAAUGUGGUCAGGCCUUGUCUGAACAUGAUGAUCCAUUUCCCUCCUUUCUAUAAUAAUUCUGUCUUCCUGAAGUCACCCUUGCUUGGAUUUUGGAAUCGAGAGGCUGAGGCUGACUCACUCUGUGUGUGACACCCUGUCACCUCCCGCCUUUUGUCCAGAAAGCACCGGGCACACAGGCAUGUAGGUAUCAAUGAUGAGCGUCCCGGCUGCCUCCACAGUGCUGUCUUGUUCCCUGUUCUGCAGUUCUGAGUCUGCUCAUGGCAAUGUCUCUGUAUCCUGCAGAGUGGUGAGGAGGUAAGGUGACAUCCCAUCAGGGCAGACACAGAGCUGGCUGGCUUGGGGGAAUUUUGUGAUGUCAGGGAAGCGCUGUGACAACCCCGGCUUUGUACCACUGCCACCAGAGCAGUUAUGAACCAGGAAGCAGUUAUGAACCAAAAUGCCAAUGGAAUGGCAGCUUUGGAAGCCUCUGGAGUCCAAAGUUGGAAGUAGAAGCAGGUAGAUCUCACAUCAGAGCAUGCGCUGACCUUCUGCUCUCUUCCUGCUGGAUCACAAGAGUUUUGAACUUUGUCACUGAUUUGUUCCUUGCGUUCAAUACUUUACAUCAUGUUCUUUUUGUCCCCUCUGUCCUUUAAGGAGAAGAGGGGUCAAAGGAUAGGAGCGCCUCCAUUGCCUGGCGAUCGGCCCCCCACAGAGCUCUGGAUUGUGAAGCGACUCAGCAGUGAUUCCUAGAGUUUCCAGAAGUGGCAACUGUCCAGCAGAGCAGUCCUGGACCCCUGGCUGUCUUCCUGAGAUGCCAGCCUGGGUACUCUGGAGGGAAGAGACUUCAAACUUCUAAAACCAGUAGCAGCCAGUGAUUGCACUUAUGCUUAGGUGAGGCGUACAUCUACCACUGUGGAAAAUAUUUCUCUACUUCUGUUUGCUUCAUUUGGAAACUACCCAGGAAAAGCCAUGGGCUUAAGCAUUAGCAUAAUAAAGAUGAUAAAGAUCUCUUCUUGCUCCAUCUGCAAUAAAAUGAUGUCUCACCCAGUGAGCAUCAACUGUGGACACAGCUAUUGCAAAUCCUGCAUAGAGAGGGACUGCAACAAAGUCAGCUCAGAGACAGGAUUGAAGAUAAAACCGAGCUGUCCUUUGUGUGGGAGUCCAUUCAGUUUAGAGAACCUCCGGCCCAACAAGGAUCUGGAAAACAUAAUUGAUGUCAUCAAGGAGAUGGAAGAGGAGGCCAAUGAGAUGCAAUGUAAGGAACAUUUAGAGAAGCUUGAUCUCUUUUGUGAAGAUGAGGGUCAGCUCCUCUGCUGGCGCUGUAACUGGGAGGAUAGGCACAAAGGUCAUUCCGUGGCUCUUGUGGAAGAUGUGUUCAAGGGCUACAAGGAAAAGCUCCAGGAAACUGUGAAAAAAUUGAGUGAACUCCAAGAAAACAACGGAGCUCAGCUAUGUCUCAUGACAAAACAAAUAAAGGACUGGAAGGCUGCCAUAGAGGUUCAGAGGCAAAGAAUCCACUCCAACUUUAAGAAUCUCCAGCGUUUUCUACAUGAAGAAGAGAAGUCUUACCUUUGGAGGUUGGAGAAUGAAGAAGAGCAGGUGCUGAGGAGUCUGAAGGAUGCUGAGGCCAAUCUACAGAAGAAGUAUAAGGAAACUGAAAGCCAAAUUCUGAAACUGAAGGCAAAGUGUGCGGGCCCAGCCCAGGAUAUACUACAGGAUGUGAAAAACACUUUGAGCAGGUUUGAGACUGUGGAGCCAGAACCAUUGAAGGCCGAACUCCCGGAGGUUCAGACUACAUGUAAUGUUUCUGAGCUUUACUUUGAUGUGAAGACAAAGUUAAGAUGCCACCAAGUCAGUGUGACUCUGGACCCAAGCACAGCCCAUGGUGACCUAACUCUGUCUGAAGAUCGAAGACAAGUGACUUACAAACGAUGCCACGAGAAUCUUGAGGCUUCUGCUGAGAGAUUUGAUGUUUUACCCUGUGUCCUGGGCUGUGAGGACUUUGCUUCAGGAAGAUACUACUUCGAAGUGUCUGUUGAGAAUGCAACCACUUGGGAUGUGGGAGUCUGUGUAAAGGAUGUGCCAAGGGGCUUUGACAGGAAGAAGGAGCCUGAAUUUGGAUUCUGGACCAUCAGGAUGUGUAAAAAGGAUGGCUUUGGAGCUCUCACUUCUACCCCUACUUCCCUUCAUCUGAGUGAGAAGCCCCAGCUGCUGGGAGUCUUUCUAGACUAUGAGGCUGGACUUGUAUCCUUCUACAAUGUGACCUCUGGCUCCCACAUCUUCACCUUCCCCAAGGCUUCCUUCCGGGAUACUCUGAGGCCCUUUUUCCAGGUUUAUGAACAUUCUCCUUUGUUCCUGCCUGCCAGAAAUGAUUAAGGGAAGGGGUAAAGUCCUCACGGUGAAAGCAUCACAGAAAAUACAUAAAUCCCAUAAGGCAGAAACUUGAAUGUUUUCUUCACCGCUGUCCCAAUGCUUUUGAUGAACAUUCAGUAAAUGUGCAUUGAUUUGAUUGUUGGAAAGGCUAAAAAUAUCAUACAUGGUCAGCUUCAGGGAAAGGAAAACAAAAUAAUAGUGGUAAUUGUCUUUUUUUUUUCUCCUUCUCUCUUGUGUAGUGAUUCUCAACCUUCCCAAAACUGGGACCCUUUA